AAACUCAAUGCGAGAGAUACGACAAACCAGCAUCCGCUACUAGACUCGCCACUAAUUCCAGUCGCCGAUGAAUCUCACGCUGCCUGCGGUGGAUUUCCAACAAAGUCCCGACGCCCCGAGAUUCAAAUCUUUUGUGGCCUUCGACCAAUAGAACGGCAUUGACGCUCCCAAAAUUGAUUACUUUAUUCCCCCUGAGCUGACAAAGACAUCGACGGAGAGGUGAUGGUGCAUGAGUUCCCGCAGCUUCAGCUUUGCAUCACAACUUUACGACCAGAACCCAAGGUUGUGGAACUCCUCCACCGCCAGGAUGUUAUCUCGGCCUCGCAUACGACUCUAACCCAAUAUGAUUUAUCGCGAGGCGGAGUUCACGCCGGCGAUGUAUAUAAAGAGGGCGAGUCGAGGCUUUUUUUUAUGGUCCAAAUAUUCAGCUCUUCACUUCGUGAAUUUUAGUACUCAAACGUCAACAUUCCAUGAUGAGAGGUGUCACAGUUGAAAAACCUGGGGCCAAACUGGAGGUUCGCUCCGAUCUUGAGGUCCCUGAGCCAAGCGAUACGCAGAUACUUAUCAAGUCGAUUUAUGCUGCGAUUAAUCCUGGCGAUGUUUUCAUGGCAGACUUCGGCAUUCUCGUUGUCGACUGGCCUCUCGUUCCGGGUUGCGACGCUGGCGGCGUUGUGAUCAAGGCCGGAAAAGAUGCGGUCAAUCCCCUCGGAGUACAAUUCAAGGAAGGAGAUGAAGUUUGUGGGUGUACGAGGCUCGGUAGCAAAGGCUACUCUCCGUGGCAGGAAUAUUUCCUUAUGGACGCUGCAGUCACCAUUCCAAAGCCCAGCAAUAUCGACCUUGCACAAGCAUCAACUACAGGUGUUGGCGUACUCACAGCUUUCUUGGGGGUCUUCGACUGCCUAAAGAUCCCCCUGGUAGAUCCAGACAAUCUACCUUCUCCGAAGAAUGAAUGGGCUCUUGUCUUCGGUGGCGCCAGCAGCGUCGGCAAAUUUGCAGUCCAAACGCUCAAAGCAUGUGGGUACAAAGUGGUAACCACUUGCUCAGCAAAGUCCGUUGAUCUUCUCAAGUCCCUCGGCGCAGACGUAACAAUCGACUACAAGAAAACUGAGGCCGAGAUCGUCGAGGAAACCAAGUCCGUUACCUCGGGCGAGCUAAACCUUGUCAUGGACGCCGUUUCCGUCAACAACGCCCUUGCAACCGCGAUCUACGCCGCUCUCACUCCCACCUCCAGCAGUGAUCGUCUCUACACCACAACAAACGGCUGGGAUCCAUUGCCUAAUGGCUCCGCAGGCUUUACAUCCACACCCAUCAUGCUUGGUCCAAUUGGACGACCAGAUGCAGUGGAGCUUAAUGCGAAGCUUAAUAAGUAUAUCCCUGUGAUUGUGAAGUUACUCGAAGCGGGGAAGCUCAGAGUUGGGAGCUAUAUGGUUGAAGGUGAGGGGGUGGAAGGGAUCGAGAAGGCGUGGGCGUUACAGAAGAGUGGAAAGGCUGGGAGUGAGAAGGUUUUAGUGAAGAUUGGGAGUGCUUGAUGGGAAGAGAUGGGUGGGAGGGGUCUUUAGU